GCGGGCGCCGAGCUCGCCGCCUCCCCGGAGCUGUGGCAGCGCGACGGGCCUGGGCGGCAGCCGGACCCCCGCCCGCCCGCCCGCCCUGCAGCGGGAGCGCCUCCGCCACCGCUGCCCGCCCGAGGCCGCCUCGGCGGCCAGCGGAGCACCCCCUGCCAUGGAGCUCUCCCUGCGGCUGCUCCUGGCGUCCUGCCUCUCACUGGGGGCGGCCGGGGAAUUUGACAGAAGGUGGCCCAGACAAAUAGUCUCGUCUGCAGGACUGUGUCGCUUUGGAAGCAGAAUUGACUGCUGCUGGGGCUGGGCCCGAGUGGCCUGGGGCCAGUGCCAACCGUUCUACGUCUUAAGGCAGAGAAUAGCCAGCCUAAGGUGCCAGCCCAAAGCUAUAUGCCAGCCAGGGUGCAAACACGGUGAAUGCAUUGGGCCAAACAAGUGUAAGUGCCACCCAGGAUACACUGGAAAAACUUGCAACCAAGAUCUGAAUGAGUGUGGACUAAAGCCGCGGCCGUGCAAACACCGGUGUAUGAAUACCUACGGCAGCUACAAGUGCUACUGUCUGAAUGGCUACAUGCUUAUGCCAGAUGGAACAUGCUCAAAUGCCCUUUCUUGCCUGAUGGCAAACUGUCAGUAUGGCUGUGACAUACUGAAAGGGGAGGUGCGCUGCCGCUGUCCUUCUCCAGGGCUGCAGCUUGGGCCUGAUGGCAGGACUUGUGUUGAUAUUGAUGAAUGUGCUACCGGGAGGGUUCUCUGCCCACGAUUUAGGCACUGCGUCAAUACUUUCGGCAGCUACAUUUGCAGGUGUCAUAAAGGCUUUGAUCUGAUGUACAUUGGAGGCAAAUACCAAUGCCAUGAUAUAGAUGAAUGUUCCCUUGGCCACCAUCAGUGUGGUAGUUUUUCACACUGCUACAACACUCCAGGAUCCUACAAAUGCAAAUGUAAAGAAGGGUUCAGAGACAAUGGAACAAACUGCAUACAAAGGCCAGUGACCAGGCCAACAACUCGUCCGGCGCCUGUGCCGACAACUCGUCCGGCGCCUGUGCCGACAACUCGUCCGGCGCCUGUGCCAACUCAGCCCGCACCUAGAACAACUCGACUGACACCCAAGCCAACCACGAGAUAUGUGCUAGUGACAAGGCCAGUCACGACACCGAUGAUGAAGCCUCCACCUCCAACAAUGCCUCAGCCUACAACAGAAAGAGCUACACUACCACCACAAAGAACUCCUCUGGUAACAACUGAAGAGCCAUCACAUGUUCCCAUUGAAACUACAUCUUCCCAAGGAGUUACAGAUGACAACAGGAUCCAGCCAGAUCCUCAGAAACCCCGAGGAGAUGUGUUCAUUCCACGCCAGCCUGGAGUGAGCAAUAAUCUGUUUGAAAUACUUGAAAUUGAAAGAGGGAUUACAGCUGAUGAAUUUGAAGCAAACGAUGACUCAGGUGUGCUGGUGCAUAGCUGUGAUUUUGACAGUGGACUCUGUGGAUGGAUCAAGGACAAAGAUGAUGACUUGCACUGGGAACCAGUGAGAGAUGCAUCAGGGGGGCAGUACCUUACCAUCUCCGAUCCCAAGGGCAAAGAAGGGAGAGUAGCACACCUUAUCCUGCCAUUGGGUCACAUGUCUCAGGCUGGAGAUUUGUGCCUGUCCUUCAGGCAUAAGGUGCCCGGGCUGCAUUCUGGUGCCCUCCAAGUCUUUGUAAGGAAAAACGGUGCUCAAGGCCCAGCUGUUUGGGGAAGAAAUGGUGGCCAUGGCUGGAGACACACAGACAUAACUUUACGAGGACUAGGUAUCAAGAGUGUUAUUUUCAGAGGUGAGAAAGGGAAAGGAAGAACUGGGGAUAUUGGACUAGAUGAUGUGGUCUUGAGGAGAGGACGUUGCUCUGAAGAGUAUUAGCCAAGACAAUGAGACCACCAGUUAUCUCCUCUUCACCUUCAUGCAAUUCCUACCAAACCUUGAAACAGAACUGCAUGGAAAGAAGAAAAAGUGGGAGAGCAACAACUUCUUAGUAGUCUGCUAAGUGCAAUCUCUUGGAAAUUUCACUUAAAUACAUGGGGAUCACCUCCCAGGAUGGAGGAAAUCCAGUCUCAGGCUGGUUCUUUCUAUUAAUCCUUACCCCUAAAUCAUAUUUGGUAUGCAAUUACUUUGUCCCCUUUUAAGUCUGGUGAGUGCUCACAGAAGGAACACUUGUGAAAAAGGGAGAAUUAGUUAAAAAUGCUGGUAAAAGAAAGCACCAUCUCAAAGCUUCAGUGUUAGCUGACAGCCAUUAUCAUGCCAUAGUGCUGUCCUUCAUUGAUUAAUUUGUGUGACAUUGGAUUGGUGACAGUCUGGGCCCUGAACUUUGAAGAAAGGGACCUUUGAAGGUUUUUCAUAUAUGAAAUAGCAUUUAUUUUGCUCUUGCAUCUGUAGUAACCAAAACAGCUAUAGAGAGUAGUCAUUGCAACCUGUAAUACUGCUACUGCUGUAUAUGUAUAUGGUUAACAUAUUUAUGUUUUUAGUAUUUACAGGCUGUAGUUGCAGGGGAAUUGGCAGCUGUACUUUCUUUCUGUACAAGACAGGAGUUCAGCAUCUUCUUCAAUACUGCUGGUCAUGCCAAAUUAUGAAAGUCAGUUAAUGGUGCUCAUUGAAAAAUGCUGGUGCAGUUUUUCAUCUUGUAACGUCCUGAAGGCAAAAGACCAAACACUCACCUGAUGGAAACUGGCAUCCGAAAAUGCUGUACAAGUUUGCAUCAAGCUCACAAGCAAGCCCUAAAGGGCUCUCAGUCCUGCAAGAAACUCCUGGUUCAGCUGAAAACUGAGCAGCCCGGAGAAGAUUACUUGGCUGUUGUAAGGUUGAGCCCAUUGACACUGCCAGGAGUGAUCCCUUCCCACAGGUGGCACGAGGAAAAUGGGCAGCUGCAUUAACACUGUACAAACAAUUCAGACCGUGAAAUGCCUCGAGGGGUCUUUGUCAAACAUUUAUACUCCACCCAACCUUCUGUAUAUAAUAAGCAUUUUAUUCUUUAGAACUAGAACAACUAUUACUUCUAGUGGGAACUAAGUAUUUAUCAAAACUUUGGACUAAUUUUAUACUUAUCUAUCAUGUGUGUGCUGUGCAUUUUGCCCGGGAAUUCUUCUGUUUGGUUUUAAGUGGGGAUAAUCAUGGCUGCUAGCAACUCUAACAUUGUAAUUGUAGCAAUCACUGCUAGCAACUCUAAAAGUAAUUGUAACAGUUAAGAAAAUUACCAGAGAUUGGUAAAAUGUUGUUAGUGGUACAGCUUAAAAAAAAAACAACAAGUACAUGUGUGUAUAUAUAUAUAUAUAUAUAUAUACACAAGUUCUUUUGAAUACUUAAAUAUAUUGUAAAAUAUCAGCUACAUGGCAUGUUCAGUCUUGUGCAAAGUUCACAGACAAAUUUGCAAGAUCAUUAGAGGUCAUAUUCCAAAUCCCUCUUCCCGACAAAGUACCAGGCUGAAAAUAUUUUUCCUAUUUAUCCAGCAGGACAAAACAUGGUGUGUAGCGCAGAAAUGUAUCUGAUCAAACAGAAAAUUUCCUGCAAAACUGUGUCAGCAAACAUUUUGAAAAGGAAAAAAGCAAUGUGUUUGUAAACAUUAAAUUUUAAACUAUUUUACUUCAAAUAUGAGUAUGAUCUUUUUCUUGUAUGUUAUUUUGUGAUAUGUCAGUAAUGUCUGUGAAUAGUUAAAUACCUUGUCCUUAUUUUAAAGUAAUCAGUAAAAAAGACUGUUACUUGCUACUAA